AUGUUCACAACAGUAAUAGCAAACGAUGUGGACUUAAGCAAAAUAGAGAAGUUCCAGCAUCUACGUGCGUGUUUAGUGGGAGCUGCUCUGGCUACAGUAUCAUCGUUAGAUCCUACUGAGGCUAAUUAUGAUAAGGAUGUUAUAUUAUUAAAGAACCGUUUUGAUAACAAGUUAAUAAAUUUUCAGGCACACAUUAAAGAGAUUUUUGGGCUGAAAGGUGUUGACAAGGGUUCGGCUUCAAGUUUGCGGCAAUUAAGCGAUAAACUUAAUGCACAUAUGAGGGCUCUCGAAACUAUUUGCUCUCGGGAACAAAUCGCUGAUGGUCUUUUAAUACAUAUUGUUAAUUCGAAACUAGACUCACAAUCACAAACAAAGUGGGAAGAAGGAUUGCAAACUGAUCAAUUACCAACUUGGUCGUCAAUGGCAUCGUUCCUUGAGCGUAGAUGUCGUAUGCUUGAAAAUCUUGAAAGUUCUAUGGUAACAAAAAAGCCAAAUCAACAGGUGAGCAAGAAAUUUAAUAAUUAUGGUCGAAAUGUUCUUGUUGCUUCUAGUACUACGACUCCAAUUUGCUAUUUUUUUGAUGCAAAAGAUCAUUACAUAACUAACUGUUCUCGUUUUGCAAAUCUUUCACCAGUAUUACGUUUUAAAGAAGCAAAGAAAUUAAAUUUAUGUCUUAACUGUUUAAGAAAGGGACACAGACUUUUGAAAUGUAAGUUCGGCACUUGUCGUUAUUGUUCAAUGAAACAUAACUCAUUGUUGCACAUGGAAAGUAACAGUAUAGAACAAAAUGAAGCUACACGCCUGCUCCAAACUGAGGCCCAAGAAAAGGCAAAUGAAGAUCCAAAGUCGUUACAAACCCAAUCUACCCUCGUUUCAUCGUCAAAGUCCAAUGUCACACCUGAAGCUCUGGAAACUCCAAACGGUAAUAAUGUGUUUUUAGCCACUGCCAUAAUUCUAGUAAAGAACAAGUUUGGUAUUUUUGUACCUUGUCGAGCAAUUUUCGACUCUGCAUCGCAAUUGAAUUUUAUUACUACUCGUUUCGCAAAACAAUUGCAGUUAAAAGUUAAACAAUCGUGUGUAUCAAUUUCCGGCAUUGGAGACGGUAAUUUUAUUGCAGAUAAAUCGGCCAAUGUGGUCAUUAAAUCGUGUCACAGUAAUUAUUUACUAUCAUUUGCUGCUGUUAUUAUACCAACAAUUACUAAAUAUCAGCCAAACACAAAAUUCGACGUAAAUAAGUUUCAAAUUCCCAGUAAUAUUAAUUUAGCGGACCCAAAUUUUUAUAAGUGUGGCCGAAUAGACAUUUUAAUUGGCGCUAGCUUAUUCUUCGACCUCAUGAGCGUAGGGCAAUUUAGAAUCGGUGAUAACAUGCCAAUACUACAAAAAACUCAACUUGGAUGGAUAGUUGCUGGUGGUGGUACACCCUCAUCAAAUACCUUUUCGUUAGCUACAGCACAUACAAAUGAUCAUGAAACAAAAACAGAAUUAUUAGUUGAUGUUGUCAAAAGUUUUUGGGAGAUCGAAAAUAACUUCGAAAAUAAUUCAAAACUUUCUACCGAUGAUGAAUUUUGCGAGCAUCAUUUCCAACAAAAUAUAUUUAGACUCCAUUCUGGACAAUAUUCUAUUAGUCUGCCGAAAAAACUAAGUAUUCAUGAACUUGGAGAUUCGUACGAAUUGGCUCGUAGGCGUUUUUUAUCUCUGGAAAAUAAAUUAAAAAAUCCUGAUGAUCUCGAAGUAUUAACCCCAGCACAUUUUUUAGUAGGUUCAACACUAACAACAAUUUUGGAACCUGAUUUGACAGAACUAAAUAUAAAUCGUUUAAACCGUUGGCAGAAAGUGUGUUACAUGCAGCAAGUUUUUUGGAAAAAAUGGAGCACCGCAUAUUUAGCAAUACUGCAAGAGCGUUCCAAAUGGAGAUCAACAAGUAUAAAUCUAACUAAAGGUACAAUGGUUCUCGUUAAAGAUGAAAACGCACCACCUUUAAGGUGGCAGUUAGGUCGUAUAGAGGAUGUGGUUCCUGGAAAGGAUGGCGUAGUACGAGUGGCUAUAGUUAAAACAAGCAGCAAUACGUUUCGCCGAGCUGUUACAAAAUUAGGUAUAUUACCUAUUGAAGAUAAUUUGGUUGAAAGCCGUAGCCUUCCAACGGGGGGAGGAUGUUCGUUGUGA